AUGGCGAGCCUGACUGGGUUUCGCGCCAUCACACACUGCCCGUCGAGAUGCUGCGAGUCGGCCUACCCCCACACGACCGGAUGCAGCUUGGACGUCGUCCAUGGCUGUAAAAACAGUCUGGUAUGCGAGGCGGACAUAACACCCACUGCACGUCUUCAUAUUCUGGGACCUCUGCACGACACAAUGGUCCUUUUGUUUUCCCGAUACAAUUCCUGCGAGGACUCGAUGAGGUUCGCGCAAAGCGCAGCAGCAGCGGUAGCGAUGAGCGGCGGUGGUGUCGACAGCGAUGCCGUGUAUUCCGCAUCGUCUUUAUUGUUUUCUGCCUACACACAACCCGGAGCGGCGUGUCUCGAUUUCUACGCGGCAAUGUGUAUAAUAUUUUCCACCUUUAGGAUAGUUCCGGCUUUUACACUUCCUCCGCACGGCGUACCGGCGUAUGGUUCAUUUUGA